CAAGCUGUUCAUAAAACUAUGAACAUGAAAGACUGCUGCAAUAAAUUAGAUCGUUAAGUGAUUUAGGCUAUAAAAUGUUUAUGUAAUUUUAACCCAACAUUCUAGAGUACUUGUAAAUGUGUGUGCAUGAAAGAUAAGAGCAUAAGGGAUGAUAACACUUCAUGCUGCUGGAGACGCAUUGAUAAUAAAGAAUAUUCUCCCAUAAACAUGCGCUCAGCUGGGGAGUAAAUAUAGAUCACAGCAAUUGUGUGUUGCAUUAGGCCUAUGCAUAGAAUUAGAAAUGUCAAGUGUUUGUAGCCUUAAGUAGAUGCAUAAGAUUAAACCCCCCUAAGAUUUCUGUUGUGUACUAGCACUUAAGUAAUACAUUUUGUUCAAUAAAAUUAGAAUUAAACUGACAAACGAACAAACAAGUUCUAGAAUUUGAUUCUCCCGCUAACAUUGGUCCUUCGACAAAAAAAAAACCAGCGGCCACAAAAAUAUAUUUCAAAAAAAAAAGAGAAUUAUAUUUUUGUAAAAAAAAAAAAACAAAACAGAAAAAAAAGCCAUAGGGGCAAAACAAAAAAAGCCAUAGGGGCAAAUAAAAAACAAAAAAAAAAGCCAUAGGGGCAAAACAAAAAAAAGCCAUAGGGGCAAAUAAAAAACAAAAAAAAAAAAAAAGCCAUAGGGGCAAAGAAAAAACAAAAAAAGCCAUAGGGGCAAAGAAAAAAUCAAAAAAAGCCAUAGGGGCAACAAAAGCAAAAAAAUAAAACAGAAUAAUUUUGAAAAAAGCCACAGGGGCAUUAAAAGAAAAGAAGCUAAAACUACAAAUUUUACUUGCUUCACAAAACAAGGAAAAAUGGCGUCGAGACAUAACUUGUAUAAGCUCCAAAGCCUACUCCUUAAAGAAGUAAUUGGGAUUAAGGAAAAACUGCAAGCAGGCAUGGUUCGGAAAGCAGCCAUGGGUGACACACUACGAUCCCUGGAAAGCAAAAUGAAGGAAGCCACUACGAACCACGAAAUGCUGAGAGUGCAUGGCGAAAACACUGAUCCCUAUUUCAAAGAAAAUGUUUGGGAUCUCAUCAACUUGAACUAUGGAAAAGCAAAGGAACUCCUAGCGAGUUUGGAAGAAGAGGUCGAGCGAGAACCGCAAAGGGUAAUAAAAGAAGCAGAGCCCGAAGUACAUGGGCUAAUGCUCGAUCAACAGUUAAAGGCCUUCCAAGAGGAAAUGCAACAACAGAUGCAACAACAAAUGCAACAAUUUAUGUUGAUGUUCGAGAAGAAUAAAAGAGAAAAUGAGGAAGAAAGACAAACCCAUAUAGAAUCAUCACCAAUGGGCAAUCAGGCGAAUAUAAAAGUAAGCGCAAUCAUCUACCAAUUCAGGAAAAAAGUAAACAAACUCGCCGAUGCCGUUGAAUGCGAUUUAGCUGGACUAUCAAAAUAUGCUUUGGAGUACAUGAAGUCAUCGUGGGAGAAGCAUAUGGAUGAAAUUAGGAAAUUGCAUCUCGAGCUCUCAACGGUGCAUGGAAUGGAAGAGGUAGAUCUCGAAUUUGAAGAAAUUGAAGAAAAGUUUGAGAGCAAAAUGCAGGAUAUGAUAAGAAGGAUAGAUGGUCUUAAAGAGGAGUCACUGGAAGUAGAACUAAAAAGAGUUCAAAUACCAUCCUUUAGUGGUCAUGUGGAAGAGUGGAGUUCAUUUCACGAUUUAUUUAAAAAGAUGAUUGAUGAAAACUCCAAAUUAUCAAAAGUUCAAAAACUGUACUACCUCAAGACAAAUCUAAAAGGAGAGGCAUUUCGCUUGGUGCAACAUCUUCAAGUGACCGAGGCAAAUUAUGAAGCAGCAUGGGAAUUACUGGAAAAAAGAUAUGGCAACAGGAGAAUUUUAUUCACUAAAUUGGUAGAUAGAAUACUGGACCAUCAAAACAUCAACAGCCUGUCAGCAAUAAGCAUAAGAAAUUUGCUGGACAAUGUAAAUGAAAGUAUUCAGGCGUUGAAAGCAAUGGAUAUUCCCCUAGAGCAAGCGGAUCCCAUUUUAGCCCGAAUAAUUAUACGGAAACUGGAUAAGGAUGGGCUUAUUCUUUAUGAGCAGAAUGUAAAGAAAUCCAAGGACAUCCAAAAACUUGAGGAUGUGAUGGACUUCCUGGAGCAGCAGUUUCAAGCCUUGGAAGCUUCAGUAGGCAGAAAACACAAUAACAUAGGACUGUACAAACUCCAAGAAAAAUCAGCAGUGGUAGCGGAAUUUAAACAAUGUAAGUUCUGUAAAAUGAGCGGACAUGAUAUCGCAUGGUGCAGAAAAUUUUCGGCGUUAUCUUCGAAUGAAAGAUACAAUUGGGCAAGAUCAGCACAGGUCUGCCUCAGAUGCUUAAGCCACAACAAGGAUAAAAAAUGUUACAAUGAAAUUAAAUGCCAGAAGUGUGGAAUGAAUCACAUCACAGUGAUGCAUUUAGAGCGAAGAGGACAUACGAAAGCAAUGACCACCAAUACAACAACAAAUGUUCUGCUAGCAACAGCCCAAGUUCGUAUAAAAUCACUGCAUGGAGAAUUUGUAACAGUCAAAGCGCUGAUAGACCAAGGAUCACAAAUUACAUCCAUAUCAGAGGACGCGGCUCAACUGUUGCAGCUACCAAGGAAGAAGACAGAAGUGAGGUUACAAGGUCUAGGAGAGACCCUAGUUGGCGUGGCGAAAUCUAAAGUUGCACUGGAACUACGACCCAGAUUUUUGAGCAACAUAAUGAUUAAGGCAGAAGCACUAGUCCUUCCAGCACUUGCAUCAGCACAUCCCGACAGAAGGUUUCAAUAUGACGUGGAUAAAUGGAGAAAUGUAAAUUUGGCAGAUCCAAAUUUCAACAGCCCGGAAAGAAUCGAUUUAGUCAUUGGAGCCGAUCUUUACUCACAAAUAUUGGAAGAAGGAGUUCGCCACGAUGAGCAAAUUGUGGGACAAAAUACGAAGUUGGGUUGGAUUUUAUCUGGAACAGUAGUAGUAAAUCCUGGAUUGAACAUAAAGAAAUCGGCAGCAACAACAACAAUUGAGAGGUUCUGGGAAAUAGAGGAAAUAGAAGAUGAAAAAACGACCGAAGAAGACGAAUACUGCCUUAAGUUAUAUGAAGACACAACACGCCGAGACAAUUCAGGAAGAUUUGUCGUGCGUUUGCCGUUAAUUGAAGAAAAAGAUUUGGGAGAUUCAUAUAAAAGAGCCAUGGCGAGGUUUAUAAACUUGGAAAAAAGAUUAGAAAAUAAUGCGGAAUUAAAGUCAGAGUACGAGAAAACAAUGAACGAGCUCAUAUCCAUGGGCCAAAUGGUAAAGGUGGAUCCAAGUAAGAAGGCUUUGUAUUAUAUGCCGCACCAAGCAGUGGUACGUGAAACAAGUCUAACCACAAAAGUUAGAGUGGUAUUUGAUGCUUCAUCGACAACUUCAAAUGGGAAGUCGCUGAAUGACAUACUUCACGUGGGACCAAGGCUUCAAAAAGAUAUAUUUGACAUUGUAACAAAGUGGAGAUCGUGGAAGUUUGUCAUCUCAGCUGAUGUGGAGAAAAUGUUUCGUCAGAUUAAAGUUGAAAAAGAAGACCAGGAAUACCAACAUGUGUUGUGGAGGAGUAAUCCGUCGGAGCCUAUCCAACAAUAUAAACUUACUACGGUAACAUAUGGCACUGCAUCAGCACCAUUUCUGGCUGUAAGAUCGCUCAUAGAAAUUGGAAAUAGGUGCCAGAAUCAAGAAAUCGCUCAGAGGAUCAAAGAAGAUUUCUACAUGGACGACCUUUUAACAGGAGCGAAUACAAAACAAGAAUGCAGGGAGGUGCAGAAGAAGAUAACGCUGCAACUGGAGGAUUAUGGGUUUCAUUUAAGAAAAUGGAUAUCAAACUCUCCUGAAGUAUUGAGUGCGGUGAAAUUGAAUGAAGAAAAUGAAGUGCUGAGAAUAGAAGAAGAUGAAUGCUUGAAAACAUUGGGAUUACAAUGGAAUCCACAGAUCGAUUGCUUUACAUUUAGUAUGCAAAUUAAAAAAGAAGACAAGUUGACAAAACGAAUAGCAUUGUCAAGACUGGCACAAAUAUUCGAUCCAUUAGGUUGGCUGACGCCAGUCACGGUAACAGCAAAACUAUUUAUACAGCAGUUAUGGAUACAACAAAUAGAAUGGGAUGUGCCAUUGGAGGAGAAAUUGAGUGGAGAUUGGCGGCAGUUUACAUACAGUCUGCCUGCUUUAGAAAAUUUAAGGAUUCCAAGAUGGUUUGGAAUAUUGGAAGACAAAACUGCACAGUUACAUGGGUUUGCAGAUGCUUCCGAGAAGGCUUAUGCAGCAGUCGUAUACCUUAAGGUAAAUUCGCAGGUGACCAUAGUGGCUGCAAAAAGUAAGGUAAAUCCAGUAAAAAAUAGGAAGACGCUUCCAAAGCUGGAACUUUGUGCAACACAUCUAUUGGCUAAACUACUACAGAAGAUCAAAGGAGUAUUGAAGUCAGCAACACCAACUUUUGCUUGGAGUGAUUCCAUGAUUUCCUUGGCAUGGAUUCACAACUCCAAAAACAAGGAUAAGUUCAUAAAAACAAGGGUGAUGGAUAUUUUGGAGAGAAUACCCGAAGCGAAAUGGGGCUACGUCAAGUCAAAGGAGAAUCCAGCAGAUAUGGGUUCAAGGGGUGUCCCACCGGAGACUUUGACAAACAAUACAUUGUGGUGGGAAGGCCCCGAAUGGCUGAAAAAAGAUGAACAAGAUUGGCCAAAAAGCAACAUAAAUCAAACAGUAGCAACAACAGUAAAGUUUUCGACUGAAAACCACUUAUAUGAAAGUAUGAUGAAGUAUUCGUCAUUUAAGAAACAGAUACGUGUAAUGGCUUAUCUACUGCGUUUUAUAAAAGGGCUAAAAAAGAAGCGAGCAGUAAAUGAGCAUUUGACGGCAAAAGAGUUGGAAGAAGCAGAGAUGGAGAUAAUAAAACUACAUCAAGAAAGAGAAUGGCCAGUGGAACUAAGGAAAUUGAAGACAUUGGGAACGGUGGAUCAUCAAAGUAAAAUAGCUUCACUACAUCCACAGUUGGAUCGAAAUGGCAUAAUGCGGGUUGGUGGAAGACUUGCUUUGUCAGAGCUGAACUAUAACCAAAAGCAUCCAAUAAUUAUUCAAAAGUCAAGAUUAGCGGGAAAUAUCAUUCGAAAUUGUCAUAUUCAAACGAUGCAUGGAGGAAAUCGACUUAUGGAAAAUAUACUAAGACGAAAAUAUUGGAUUAUUGGAGCUAAAAAUAGGAUAAAACUUUGCAUUAGGUGUUGUCCAAGAUGUACGCGCUUUAGAGGUGAAGUGCGAAAUCAAUUGAUGGGAAAUUUACCAGCUUACCGUGUCAGUAUAAAUCAACCCUUUCAACACUGUGGCAUUGAUUAUGCGGGUCCGCUACAAAUACGGUGCUCCAAAACAAGAGGAGUGAAGGCUAUGAAGGGUUACGUAGCGGUGUUCGUAUGCAUGGUAACUAAGGCGGUUCAUUUGGAAGCUGUCAGCGAACUUACAACGGAAGCAUUUCUGGCGGCGCUAAGGCGAUUUUUCGCGAGAAGAGGAAAAUCAACCGACUUAUAUUCAGACAACGGAACGAACUUCGUAGGGGCAGCAAGGCAGCUCGACAGAGACUUUUUGGAUGCCGUUAAAAACAACACGAAGUUAGCUCCCAUUUUGGAAAAUGAAAAAAUAAGUUGGCAUUUCAUUCCGCCGGCAGCUCCUCACGUUGGAGGAAUUUGGGAAGCAGCAGUGAAGUCCAUGAAAUAUCACCUAAAAAGAAUAAUUGGUGAUACGAAAUUGACUUACGAGGAGUUGAGUACGGUGCUAUCUCAGAUUGAAGCAGUAUUAAAUUCGAGGCCGCUACAUGAACUUGGAAGCGGUACAGAAUAUAUUGACACUUUAACACCUGGACAUUUCUUAAUUGGCCGUCCGAUGUUAGAAUCACCGGCGACUAUCGAUGAAGGUAACUUAGGAUGUCUUAAUAGAUGGAAACUGCUACAACGAAUUAAAAGUCAUUUUUGGAGCAGAUGGAAAGAGGAGUAUCUAACCACAUUACAAAACCGAAUGAAAUGGAAGAAACAAAAUAAUAAUGUGGAAAUAGGCAAUGUGGUGAUAUUGAAAAACGAAGAAACGCACGCGGCGCGAUGGCCACUGGCCAAGGUGGUAGAAGUCCAUCCAGGGAAGGACGGAGUUGUAAGGAUUGUGACAGUUAAAACACAAGACGGCGUGAUAAAGAGGCCAAUUAACAAAUUAUGUCCAUUGGAGCAUAUGGACGAGGAAUCUGAAGAAUUGCCCAGACAGGAAAAACAGGCGGAAAUUACACAUACUAAUAUGACAAGAUGUGAGCGAAAAAUAAGGAAACAACCAAUAACGUGGGCAAUGAUGCUGAACUUAUUUUUACUAAUAUCUACCAAGGCAUCAUCUGUACAUGAACUGAAUAGUUCGGCUGCGGUAUAUUUGGAUCCCAUGUCUCAAAUUCACAUGGUUUCCUCAUCAUGGAAUAUGGUUGUGUACUUUGAGCUGAAACCAUAUUUAGAAACAUUAGACCUGGCUUCCGAAUUGCUGAAAACAUCAAAAAGCUUAUGCCCACGACUUCAAACUUUUGAGGAGCAGUGUUGGUCCACGAUUAACAAUAUGGAACUCAAGAUUAAUAAGAUAAAGACCAACAAUCGAUUAUUCCUCAGAGAAGACAAUCGUCAAAAAAGAGGAGCUCCGUUGAAAUUUGUAGGUUCGUUUCAACACUGGGCAUUUGGGAUAAUGGACGAUGACGAUCGAGUAGCUAUGGAGAGCAAUAUGAAAAAUCUAUUAGCCAACCAAAAGGAUUUGAAGAAGUUAGCAAAACAACAGACAUCUGUAGUCGACGCUACAGUAAAUCUUUUAAGGAAAACCACAGAGGAAGAGAAUUCGCACUUUUCGGAUAUCAAAGGCAAAAUUGAGAACAUAAGUGCUACAAUGAAUGAGAAUUACUUCGUGUAUAGAGAAUCCAUACGAUUCUUUAUAAUAGCAAAACAAAUUCAUGAGCUUUUGGAAGAAUGUGACGAAGUCCAAAAAGAAGUUGUUGAUGCAUUAAUUGAUGUAAACAGCGGUAAGUUUCAUCCCGUCCUGAUAACACCCAAACAAUUACAAGCAGAGAUAGUAAAAAUACGAGAUGCUCUGCCUGAAAAAUAUGUACUGCCAGGAAAGCGUACAGGAAUGGAAUUAAAAGAGAUCUUACAUUUGAUGACGUGCCACGGAUCGUUUGUGGGGUCCCAACUGGUAAUUAAUAUAAAAAUACCGCUGUUCAAUCGGCAGUCAUCCCAGUUUUACAAAGUAAUUCCGAUACCAUUUGAAGAAGGAAAUACGAUAUUGAUAGCCCGGGUGAAUUCCCCGUACAUUGUAUAUAAUUUUGAGCUGGAUUCUUUUCAUUUCUUAACACAGCCUAUGCUGAAUGAGUGCAAAGAGACGUUGGGUAAGGAGAUAAUGUGCGAAGAGAAUUUUCCAUGGAGAGAUGCAACUACAAAUAAUUGUGAAUUAUCUCCUCUGAGACCGCACAUAAAACUAAACUGCGCCUAUGACGAAGUGGAACGAAUGCCUUAUUGGAUGCCAUUGAAACGAAAUGGCAAUUGGCUUUUUAAAACCUUUUCAAGUACAACAGCUCAUUUGCAAUGCUCUCACAAACAACAGACGAUUAUGGAACUUCCAAAGCAAGGAAUUCUCACGCUGGAUGCAGACUGUACAGCGAGGAUCGGUAAAGAUGUAAGUCCGGACGAAAAAGAAUCAAUCAAACCCCUUGGAAAUAUACUUAUCAAUCAUCAUCAAGAAAUUGACGAGCUAAAGAAAUUCGUGGACAAGUUAAAGAAAGAAAAUGUGGAAUUGCGAGGCUUGAAGUUCCAUCACAUCUCAUCACACGUAGCUUUUAUUUUAGUAAUUAUAGUAAUAAUAAUUCUAAUUAUUUUAUUUAUAAGAAGACAGAAAAAAUUAAAACGCAUAACCGAAAUUCAAUUUCCCCGAGGCCAGGAUGUCUAAAUAAAUUAUUUGCCGCCCGGGAAAAUGUUCAUAAAACUAUGAACAUGAAAGACUGCUGCAAUAAAUUAGAUCGUUAAGUGAUUUAGGCUAUAAAAUGUUUAUGUAAUUUUAACCCAACAUUCUAGAGUACUUGUAAAUGUGUGUGCAUGAAAGAUAAGAGCAUAAGGGAUGAUAACACUUCAUGCUGCUGGAGACGCAUUGAUAAUAAAGAAUAUUCUCCCAUAAACAUGCGCUCAGCUGGGGAGUAAAUAUAGAUCACAGCAAUUGUGUGUUGCAUUAGGCCUAUGCAUAGAAUUAGAAAUGUCAAGUGUUUGUAGCCUUAAGUAGAUGCAUAAGAUUAAACCCCCCUAAGAUUUCUGUUGUGUACUAGCACUUAAGUAAUACAUUUUGUUCAAUAAAAUUAGAAUUAAACUGACAAACGAACAAACAA